AUGGAUAAAAUUUGGAUGCAAAUCACUGAUAGAUUUGGAUCUAGAGAAUAUGCUAAAGGAGUGAAGGAGUUUCUUACCUUGGCCCGGUCUCAUGCUACAAGCGAGGCAAUCCGUUGCCCAUGUGUUCGAUGUUCAAAUAAUCACUUUCGACCAAUAAGUGAGGUAGAGAGACACUUGAUCAUUAAAGGUAUUGACAAGAAUUAUAUGGUGUGGAUUUUUCAUGGUGAGGAAGAAGAUUUAAUCAUAAGUGAUGAUGAUGAUCUACAUGAUUCCGAACAAGAGGAUGACUUCAUUGAUGACGUUGAUGUUAUGUUACGAGAUAUUCGGGCUGGGGAAUUACCUGAUGUUCCCAUAACUAAGUCAUUAGUUGAUAUUAAUUCAUCUCGCACUUUCAAUCAAUUGUUGGCUGAUUCUCGACGUCCUCUUUAUGAAGGUUGUACAAAGUAUUCUAAACUAUCAUUCACUGUCAAGUUGCUGCACAUUAAAACACUUGGUGGUUGGAGUGUAAAAUCUUUCGACAUGCUUUUGCACUUGCUAAAGUCAGCUUUUCCUAAUGCUCUUUUGCCAAACUCAUAUCAAGAGUCACGUAACUUGGAAAAAGGCUUGGGCUUUACUUACAACAAGAUACAUGUUUGUCCGAAUGACUGCAUACUUUAUUGGAGAGAAAAUGCCGAUAAAGAUGAAUGUCCUAAAUGUAAACUCUCUAGGUGGAAAUUCAACGGAAGUAAGAAGAGACGAAUUCCUCAAAAGGUUCUACGACAUUUCCCGUUGAAACCCAGGUUGCAGAGAUUAUUUAUGUCACAAAAAACAGCAGCUGAUAUGCGGUGGCACAAGGAUCAGCGAGUCAUUCAGCAGGGGAUUCUAAGCCAUCCUGCUGACUCUGAGGUGUGGACAACAUUUGAUCAAGAGCAUGCUUGGUUUGCAGAAGAUCCAAGAAAUGUCAGACUUGGUUUAGCUAGCGACGGUUUCAACCCGUUCAAUAAUUUAGCUAAGCCUUACAGCAUAUGGCCAGUGGUUCUUGUCCUUUACAAUUUGCCCCCUUGGUUAGGCAUGAAAGAUCCAUUUUUUAUCACUUCCCUCUUGAUUCCUGGACCAAGAUCACCAGGAAAUAAAAUUGAUGUCUAUCUUCAGCCUUUGAUAGAUGAAUUGAUUGAUCUAUGGGAUAAUGGUGUUGGUACAUACGAUGCAAAGGCCAGUGAGACUUUCCGAUUGCGUGCAGCAUUAUUGUGGACAAUCAACGACUUUCCUGCUUAUGGAAACCUUUCCGGGUGGAGCACUAAGGGGAAGAUGGCGUGUCCAUCGUGCAAAGAACAAACAGAUUCCAUGUGGUUGACAUAUAGUCGAAAACAUUGCUACAUGGGUCAUCGUCGAUUCUUGCCAUCGAGCCAUAUCUAG